AUGCAGUUCAUCUCAACACAGAAUGCAUCUUUUGCUAUGGUUAAAGCUGCAUUUGAGACUAUUGAUUUUCAAGAACAUUGUGGAACUCAUCCAAGACUUGGUGUUGUGGACCAUAUUUGUUUUCACCCCUUGGGUGCCACUUCUUUGGACUUAGUUGCUGAUACUGCUAAGUCUUUGGGAUUUGAAGUUGGUUCUGAUCUUCAAGUCCCGACCUUCUUAUAUGGAGCAGCACAUCAAGAGGGAAGAUCGCUUGAUUCAAUCAGAAGGGAGCUAGGGUAUUUCCGUCCUAAUUCAAGUGAGAACCAGUGGAGAGGUGGGACAGAAUUUGAAACCUUGCAACUAAAGCCAGACGAGGGUCCUGCUCGAGCAACUCAAGCAAAAGGUGUUAUUACAAUUGGAGCUACAAGGUGGGUUGACAACUAUAACAUUCCGGUCUUCACCAACGACAUAUCCAUUGCUCGUAAAAUUGCAAAGAAAGUUAGUGGAAGGGGAGGUGGACUUCCAUCUGUUCAAUCCAUGGCGCUAACUCACGGAGGUGGCACAAUUGAGGUUGCUUGCAAUUUACUGGAACCAGCUAGGAUUGGUGGUGACCAAGUACAGCUUGAAGUCGAGCGGCUUGCUAGGGAAGAGGGUAUUUCUGUGGGGAAGGGAUACUAUACUGACUUCUCAGAAGAAAAAAUAAUCGAAAGUUACUUGAAACUAGUUCAACAUUCUGACUAGAGAAGCUAGAAGGAAAUUUAUUCUAUCCCUUGUUCCUUUUUCCCUUCUCUCUUUUCGCGGAGUUUGCCAAGAUUUUUGAAGCCUCUGACUUUAAGCUCCAGAGGUAAGCAAUAUGCGUUUAUGUGUAAAAUCCUGACUUCUUGCAUUUGGUUAUAGCACACAUUAUUUUGCUCUUACUGCAUGUCUUAAAGAUUUCUUAUUGUGUAUUCAACUUUGUAAUCCUAAUGCUCUCUUUUUUCUAUAAAAGGAUUCCCUCCAUAUA